AAUGGACGCUGUUGAGGCUACUCUUUUACGACCAGACUUGACAGAAGAGACGAAGUCAUGGUUGAAACAGAAAUAUGAGGCUGAUAUAGACACGUCAAAAUUGGGUGGAUACAAGUUCGUACAGGAUGUUUGGAAAGAUUACGUGAACGAAGGAGAGGAAGUGGUCUUUGUCAACGACCCCAAGAGUGGCAGGAAGCUUCAGAUUUCUGUCUGCUUGCACAAGACAACCGUCGGGCAACUGAGGAGAAAGAUUUUUGUGUGCAUGAAGAGGAAGCUGCAUCAGGCUGAAGGCGAUGGAUUCGAGCUCGAUGGAUUCCGGAACGACAAUGACAUCUCAUGGGUCCGAGACGGAAAACUGUUCUGCGGAUGCUAUGCUCUCAGCGAUGAUUCUAAGGUGCUCAGCGAAUACAAGGUUCAGGACGAGAGUGUGAUAUCAGUUGUGAACGGCAGCAUUACGAGCGAUGGCGACCAAUUUCUGUCCAGCAUGUUUACGACGGUCACAGAUCCUGACCUCACGUAUGAGCUCGGACGCAAGAUAUCAGAUCUGCAGUUCUCGCUGCGGCAUUCAUGGCGAGGUCCAGGUGGUGUUACAGGCAACGGCUGAGAGGAGUAUGAUAUCAUCUAGUUAAGUUAGUCUUGUACAUUGAAACGCGCGGCCCCUCGACCGCCUGCUGAUCAGUC